AUGAUGGAAGAGACAAAUCAAAACAGAUCAAAUGCUGACUCCGACUGUAAUAACGAUGUUUUGAACAGCCUCUUCCAUCUCUAUCGCUUUGCGGAUGCAUACGAGUGCGUCAAAUUGCGCAAUGACGUUAUCAGCGCCUUCAGCGACCUUACGAAAGAUGGAUUGGCUCCCGACCCCGAAACAAUUGCUUUCAUGUUCGAAGAAUUACCUCCUUCUUCUACCAUCUGUCAAUACUUCGUCAAGAGUGCUGCGCUGAAUUGGGGCCACUACAGGGGCCCUUAUCGAGCGCUACUCGAGGCUACACCGCUGCCCCAAGAUUUCUUAGUAGAAGUUGUGCGCAUCAACCACAAGCUUGCAAGCAAAGGCAAAGGAAUGGAUGCAUUAUGCAACGAGAUACAAGAUCGCUGUAACUUCCACGAGCAUGCAACGGAAGACGAAAAGCAGCUGUCGUGCUUGGAGGUCUCGAAAGGCGAGCAGACUACAUGA